UCUAAACCUGCUGUGAGGAUGACCAUCCAGAACGUGUCUGUGAUCCCUGCCAGAGAGUGCUCUCAGGCAGGAAAUAAGACAAACACACUGAGAUGGGACCUGUCUCCAGCUGAGAUCCGGACCGCAACAGACGGCUUGAUUCACAGAGUAAAGAAGGUCUACGAUGACGUUGGAUCUUUAAAGAUUGAAGAUGUUUCUGUGGAAAACACCCUCAAAGCAUUGGCUGACGUCAAGCAGGAUUAUGCAUCAUCUCGCCACGUUCUUGACUUCCCCCAGUAUGUUUGUCCUUCCAAAGAGCUCCGUGCAGCGAGCACAGAGGCAGACAAGAAACUGUCAGAGUUUGACGUGGAGAUAAGUAUGAGGGAAGACGUGUUCGAGCGAAUCACUGCUUUGCAGCGAAAGAUCCAAGGCGACCUCUCACCCGAAGAACAGAGAUUCUUAGACCGACUUGUCACAUUAGGCAAGCGAAAAGGAUUGCAUCUGUCUAAAGAUAUACAAGAGGAAAUAAAAAGAACAUCUAAGCUCAUAAGUGAGCUCUCCAUAGAGUUUAACAAGAAUCUGAACGAGGACGACACGUUUCUUGUCUUCUCCGAGCGUGAACUGGGUGGACUUGCUGACAGCUAUCUCAAUGCGCUGGAGAAAACGGCAGAAGAGCGGUAUAAGGUGACACUCGAAUAUCCCCAUUACUACCCCCUCAUGAAGAGGUGUCACAAUCCUGAGACAAGGAGGAAGAUGGAAACCGCUUUCCACAGCAGGUGUAAAGAGGUAAACACAGCGAUCCUGGAAGAGUUGAUUCAACUGAGGGCAAAGGUCGCGGACUUGCUCGGUUACAGUAACCACGCAGACUAUGUGCUGGAAGUCAACAUGGCCAAGAAUUCGAGCAAUGUGUCAGACUUUUUAGACACCUUCUACGAAACACUGAAGCCCAUUGGCAUCAAGGAGAGGAAGUAUAUUCUUGCGCUAAAGAAGAGAGAGUGCUUGAUGAUGGGCUACCAGUUUGACGGACAGAUCAAUGCCUGGGACAUGCCCUACUACAUGAAUCAGGUGGAGCAGUGCAAGUUCGCCGUGAACAAGGACAAACUGAUCGAGUAUUUCCCGCUCGACGUGGUGACGGAAGGCCUGUUUGGCAUCUACCAGGAGCUGCUGGGUCUCACGUUCACAGAGGUGGAACACGCCCACGUGUGGCACGAACACGUCAGGCUUUACUCGGCACAGGACGCCGAAACAGGAGAGGAGAUCGGACAGUUCUACGUGGACUUGCAUCCCAGGGAAGGGAAGUAUGGCCACGCAGCCUGCUUUGGGCUCCAGCCCGGCUGCAGAGGUCCUGAUGGAAAACGCAGGCUUCCAGUCGCGGCUAUGGUUGCUAACUUUACCAAGCCCAGAAAAGGUUGUCAGUCUCUCCUCCAGCACCAUGAAGUGGAGACCUACUUCCAUGAGUUUGGUCAUGUAAUGCACGAACUCUGUUCAAAGACCACGUUUUCAGAAUUCAGUGGAACCCUGGUGGAGACGGACUUCGUGGAAGUGCCUUCGCAGAUGCUCGAGAACUGGGUUUGGGAGAAGGAGCCUCUGAGAAGAAUGUCACGCCACUACAAGGAUGGCACCCCGAUCCCAGACAACCUGCUUGACAAACUGAUUGCAUCCAGAGUAGCCAACACUGGGCUGAUGAACCUGCGUCAGGUAGUCCUCAGCAAAGUGGACCAGUCACUACACACCAGCCCUCAUGCAGAUACAACUGAGGUGUUCGCAAAGCACUGCCAAGACAUCCUGGGUGUUCCUGCUACACCAGGUACCAAUAUGACGGCCAGUUUCAGCCACCUGACUGGAGGAUAUGAUGGUCAGUACUACAGCUAUCUGUGGAGUGAAGUCUACUCCAUGGACAUUUUUUUCAGCCGUUUUAAAAAGGAAGGCAUUAUGAAUCCAAAGGUUGGAAAAGAGUACAGACGGGCGAUUCUGGAAACUGGUGGCUCUGUGGAUGGAACGGACAUGCUGAAAACCUUCCUCGGACGUGGACCAUGUCAGGAUGCCUUCUUUCAGUGCAAAGGACUGAUUAAAUCUCAGGAAACACAAAAACUGUAAUUUGUUAUAGCUUUUUAAAGGUCCAGUGUGUCAGAUGUAAGGAGCUCUGUGGCAGAAAUUGAGUGUUAUAUGCAUAACUAUGCUUUCUGAAAGUAAGAAUUGUUGUGUUUUCCUAGGUUCUCCUAUAUGUUUGAAAGGGGACGGUAAUGUCAGGGUAUUCUGUUUUGCUGCAGUCUGCAACUUUACCACUAGAUGUCACUAAAUCCCACACACUGGUCCUUUAAGAGAUGACUUUGCUUUAAAGUGUGUUAUUACCGUGUUUAGGUUUUUCUACUUGAUAUUUUCCACCUGAUGGCAUUUGUUCAAAUGUACAGCAGAUCAUGGUCGAUGCUCAUCAUGUACAUACUGUGAAAUACAGUAGGGUUUUCUUGGCAGAAGACAUCCUGAGAUGGUAAGAUGAGUUGGUGAGAAAAGCACAGAUGUUUUUAAUAACAUUAUGGCAGUGUUACAAUGAGACAGCAUGCACAUAUUACCACAGCCCAUUUACAUAUUUUCCUACUGUGACGUGUCAAAAUAUAUUCAGUGAAAAAGGCCUAGCUGUGUGUGUGCAGUUGGAUGCAAACAAGGUGGGAUAGGAUGUGCUUAGCCUAGUGGCUUAAAACUUUACUGUGAAUGUCUGUGAUGUCUGUGUCAGCUAUACACCGAUCAGCCAUAACAUUAUGAAGUGAAUAACACUGAUGACAUCUCAUUAUCGUGGCCCCUGUCAGUGGGUGGGAAGUAUUAGGCAGCAAGUGAACAUUUUGUCCUCAAAGUUGACGUGUUAGAAGCUGGAAAAAAAAGGGGCGAAAGUGAGAAUUUGAGCGACUGAAUAGGCCUUUUUCACAGUAGACAGUUUGACAUGUAAUAACAGGGUAAACAGGUUCCAUUCGAUUCAGGUCAAACAGAGUCAGGGUGCUGCUGUUGUGCAUGUUGGUUCACUAAAAAGGCUACAAUCAAUGGAACAGAACCUCAAUCAGUGAUUAGUAACACUUGCUACUGCUGAUGUGAAAAAGAUCUAUUGUGAUGGCUAGACAACUGGUCAGACCACCUCCAAAAGUACAGCUCAUGUGGGGUGUACCCGGUCUGUGGGGGUCAGUACCUAUCAAAGGUGGUCCAAGGAAGGAAAUGCAGUGAACUGAUGACAGAGUCAUGGGUGGACACAUGAGCUACUGUAGCUCAGGCUGAAGGGGGACUAGAUAGAUAGAUAGAUAGAUAGAUAGAUAGAUAGAUAGAUAGAUAGAUAGAUAGAUAGAUAGAUAGAUAGAUAGAUAGAUAGAUACUUUAUUGAUGCGAAGGGAAAUUCAAGCAUCCAGCAGCAUGAGACGUUGAACAUACGUUGAAGUUAACCUAUAAGAUAGACCUGAAUUUGAAUUAAGUGUGCAAAGAAAUUAAAUAUGUAAGAUCUGUACAAGUACAAAAAUGUAUAAAAGGCAAAAAUAGAAAUACAUUUUUAUAGAAUAUAACUACAAAUAGAGAUAAAAACAAUAUACAAUUAAAUAGACACUGAAUAAAAGGUCGUGCCAAUUGAGUCAACAGAGAAUAUGAGGCAGGUGGUCGUAAUGUUAUGGCUGAUCAGUGUAUAGGUGUAAUAUUGUGAUGAAAUAUCACCAGAUCUCUCUCUUUCUUUUUUUUUAAGAGCAUGAUUAGGAAAAUAUGUUUCAGCACCAUAGUGCAACCAGGGGGCGCUGCAUAACAGUAAAUGCUGUUAUGCGAGUUAAAUAUAUAGAAAAAAUGUAUGUUUUCAUUGGAAUAAAACUGUGAAUUCUUAUUGUCUUUAAUUGAUUGUUAAUGAAGAAAAUAUUCAGAUACUUUGGAGAAACUGCUGUAAAUAAUGUCAUAAUAUCUUUCCUAGUGCAACCAGGGGGCGCUGCAUAACAGUAAAUGCUGUUAUGCGAGUUAAAUAUUAAGAAAAAAAUUAUAUUUUCAUUAGAAUAAAACUGUGAAUUCUUAUUGUCUUUAAUUUAAUGAAGAAAAUAUUCAGAUACUUUGGUGAAACUGCUGUAAAUAAUGUAAUAACAUCUUUCCUAGUGCAACCAGGGGGCGCUGCAUAACAGUAAAUGCUGUUAUGCGAGUUAAAUAUUAAGAAAAAAA